AUGGAAGAAGAGCCAGAGCGUGAGUUAAAAUAUGGCUGGUCUACUUUCAAACCCAGAUGGCUGCAGAUUGUUAACAAUGCCAAAUGCUUUCUCAUGGCUUCUGUGUUUAUUUGCAUUAUUCAAGGUUCGUCGGCUGAUCAUAUUUUCUGUUUGCACCUCGGGGAGUAUCCCUUCGAUUUUCCGCGACUCUAAAUCUUUUUCAGGGAAGAUAGAGAUGAAUAUUUGACCCUGUUCCAAACAUAAUUUUAGUGAUCCACACUCGACCGUGUAGCUCUAAGAAAACGCACUCACUGUGCUUGACCUUGUUACUCUUUCCCAAUGUUUUCUUUUGAAGGCCUGAAUCUAUAUUCACUUUUAUGAGAGCAGGGAUCAUCUCAUAAUAUUUUAAUUCUCGUUUCGAAAGCCCUUCGCUUCUUUUUGAUGAAAUUAAAUAAAGCCGAGUAGUUCUGGUGACGAGAAUGUUGUGAAUAGAGUUUUCACUCACGUGGCCAUUUAUUGGAACAAAAGAAAGGGAGAGUUGAAAAAACUGACCCCCACUCCGCGGACUACCCACUGACCCCACUCCGCGGACUACUCUACGGACUACUCCGCGGACUACUCUACGGACGAGUCCGCGGACUACCAUGCGGACUACCCUAACUAAUCAACCAAAUUUACUUUCACGGAGAAAAGAGUUAGAAGAAGCGUACCUGCCUACAAGAUCACACUUGAUAAACAGCCGCCAUCUUGAUUUUCGCCAUUUUACUCGACCCAGCUCUCCUUUAGCCUCGCCCCAGUCUUCAUCGGCCACAAGUCAGAGCACGCCGUUCAGCCAAUCGAUGACCACUAUUGGCGCUGGUAACAGUUUUUGUUAUAUUCAGCUUAAAAAUGUUUUUAAGAACUUACUUAUAGCCGUGCUUGGAAGUCACCAUAUUUUUGGAUUCACCUGGCCCACAAGGCCCUUGGAGACGUAUUCUCCUACGUAGGGCACGCAGUCGUUAUUUGGAUCGUCACGCGAGGUUUGGAGAGAAGCGUUGCGUGACGAUCCAAGAACGGAAGCUGCAAUGGACGUAGCAAUGAAGAAGAAGGGCUGGGUCGAGUAAAAUGGCGAAAAUCAAGAUGGCGGCUGUUUAUCAAGUGUGAUCUUGUAGGCAGGUACGCUUCUUCUAACUCUUUUCUCCGUGAAAGUAAAUUUGGUUGAUUAGUUAGGGUAGUCCGCAUGGUAGUCCGCGGACUAGUCCGUAGAGUAGUCCGCGGAGUGGGGUCAGUGGGUAGUCCGCGGAGUGGGGGUCAGUUUUUUCAACUCUCCCCAAAAGAAAGCGUUUGCAUAAGAAAAGAGUUCAACUCCCAGGAUAGGUUUGAAACACCAACAUGGCCGCGCUUUCAUUGUUUAGCCUACACCAAUAUGGUCGCCGUGACGUCAUGUGAAAACACUCUAUUAUCUUUGUUCGAUCUUUCUGCACGCUUAAACUGAGAGCUGCUUUCCUCACUUUAAACAAGUAGCGUUCAAGACUGAUCCCGUGUGAACAUGCUACCGUACCUCCGCCCGUUAACGGAAAGCAUCCAAUUGGAAACUGCUCCUUGUGAACAUAACUUAACAAAAAUAGGAAUCAAACCUGACCCCUAAUGUAAAAGUCCGUUUCUUACAGAGAAAUGCAGAUAAAUGCACUCUCGCUUCCUUUGGGGACUUUAAUACGAGUAGACCAUCAACACAAGUCGAAAAAAGAGAAAAGAGAUUGACAGAAAGAAAAUGAAGUUGGUUGACUUACCUUCAGGCAAUUUUUAGUAACAUCAUGUCCAUAUGAGUCAAUUAACGUGAAGCGUGAGGCUUCUUGUAUUUGUUUAUUAACAGUUAAUUUGUCUUGUUUCUUAUUCUUCAUUAGGUAUGACUGUUGGUGGAUUCACAAAUAUAAGUCUUCCCGCGCUUGAGAAACGUUUUCAGUUUAACAGCAAGGAACUUGGUCUUAUUGCUGCUUCCAACGACAUAUCCUCUGUAUUGCUCAUCUGUUUUGUUAGUUUUUAUGGGCAGUUUGGAAACAAGGUUAAGUGGCUGGGAUAUGGGACUAUAAUAACAGGUUUGUGCAGUUUGGCGCAUGCGUAAUAACUCCUACUACAAGGAGAAGAAGUUAUAGACUUAAUAACUGAGGAAACUUAUCGAUUAGUGAAAUGUAUAGACCCAAAAGGCACCUAAGGGGAACAUGUAAGGGAAAUCGUAUUCCAGAAUCCGGGAAAUGUUUGCUUGUGGAAUCCGGAAUCCUAGGCUUUGGAAUCCGGGUUACUGCUCAAGGAAUCCCACUAACGAUUGGAAUCCGGAAUCCAAGUUCCACUGACUAAGACUGGAAUCCAGUACCUGCAAUCCGACAUCCACGGCUUGGAAUCCAGAAUCCAAGAAUGUCUUGGUUCCCAUGGGGCGAAUGGGUUAGAAAAAGAAACAUAUUCUUUAAUAUACAUGAGUGUGAGUGUUUUUUUUUUCUGCUGAAACUUUUGCAUGUCAUAUAAUAAUUCCUCGGUUAAGUAGACUGUGAGCAAUGCUUUUUCAGUCCUGAGUCGAGUUGAGGUUUGGCAGGAUUACAGGUAUACCCAACAAAUCGAGAGAGUGACUGGAACGGCCUCAUAACACUGGAAUUUUCGAAGAUCAGUUCCUUUUAAUUUUCCAAGCCGAAAACCUUUCCCUUUGGUUUCUUGAUUCCCUUACUCCGGCGAAAUCAACAUCUGUUGAAUUUUUUUCAUAAGGCUUUCACUUGCCCAAUCCGGAAUAAUCUUGUAAAUAAUUGUGACGGUAUUGUGCAAUAGAACAUGAGCAAUGACCUCUCGCGGCUGAAAAAAGUGAAAAUAGUUAUGUAUUUUUUUCUUAGGGAUUGGUUGUUUUACGUUCGUUCUUCCUCACGUUAUAAGCGACACAUAUCAGCCGAAUUUAGAACACACCGGCUCGCGGAAAAUCGAAGAAUGUGUGGUCAGUAACACCACCGGCUUAACGAGUAAGAGCUGUUUCUCUGGAUACGGAUCAAACAAGUUUUACCUGUUUAUCUUCUGCUUUGCCCAAAUAAUUAUGGGUGCUGGUACGACUCCGCUGUACUCACUUGUGCCAGCUUACAUUGACGAAAACGUGAAUCCAAAAACCUCACCUGUUUACUUGGGGAUAUUUUAUGCGGCUGCCAUAACAGGUCCCGGGCUUGGGUUUGUGGUUGGUGGCGCAAUUUUAGGUGAUGUUUACAUACACGUCAAACAGGUGGGUUGACUGAUAAGACCACUUCAUCUCUUAUGUGAUCCCCGCCAAAAUUCAAGGAGUAUCUAUUCAUUUCUGUAUGUCGCUAAAUUGUGGCCAUUAAACGUUUCGUUCCCCUAGCAAAUUCUGUCCUGUGUUAUCAAAUUCGACAACACUAAAUUCUAUUCCGUGUUUCUAAUUUCAAUACUGAUAUAACGCCAAAUUCGAUAUCUUGACAUCACGUUCUGUCACACCAAAUUCUUUGCCGUGAUUUCAAAUUCGUUUGCACCAAAUCCUAUGCUGUGUGCCAAUUUCUAUAACGCCGAAUUCGGUCACACCAAAUUCUGUAGGACACAAUUUUUUUUUACUCUUAUACGUCAAAUGGCAUUAAUAGAGAGCUUUACAAUCAAGUUAACGGCAAUCCUCGAUUUAUACCACGUGGCAAGUCCUUCCACACGUGCGCUGUACAAUUUCUAAUAAAACUCUCUAAUGUCUGGUUGCUGUCACGCAUGCGUUAAUACCAAUAAGGAGCAAAAUGUUCAUUGUCAGUCACUAACAGUGUUAAGUAAGAAUCACUCCAACUGUCAGUAAGUCAGACUCGGGAUUCGUCCUGACAAAGGGCUAUCGCGCGAAACAUUGGUGAUGAAUUGACCAAUACUAUUAACUCGUUUGGUGUUCAGUUCGAAACCAUCUUUUUGGCCUCCUUCCUCAGCAACGCAGCACCUUUAUUUUCAGAUAGUAAGAUAGUAUGUUUAAGUUAUAUCAUACUUUGGUUACUUCUGCGCUAGUUUUUUUUACCACUCUAAAGGCGUUUCAGGAUAUUUUUUUCUUGUGCAGUUUAAACAGUCUUAAGAUUGCAAAAUUUUAAUAAAAGGAGUAAUGUGACGACAUCGUGAUGGCUGGGAGCAGAAAAGGCACAAGUUUUAAAAGUAUCUUUGAAGUUCGGAAGCUCUUAAGAGGUGAGAGCUCCUUCAAUCAGUGACCCAAGAGACUCGAAAAAAAUGGAGUUCUCAACAGAAGUCGGACCUAUGAGUUCCUGGUUACUGUACUCCAAACGUUCUAUACCGCUGAUCUACAGGAAACCAUGCCAGCAGUGGGAACCAAGGCAUUAAACUAAGUUAACAUGACAGACAUCCCAAGACUGGGAUGUCUAUAGGUCGCUGAUUCGAAAUAAUAUAAAUGUGACAGUAAAUAUUAAGCAUGAUAAAUAAAUAAGAAUGAUGUCGUCGGAAGUCUUUUUUUUCGGAACUUUCGAGGUCACCAGGUCAAGGUCGGGGUCGGAGGCCACUGGCUUUUGUUUCUUUGCAAUGCAUAUUAUUGCCUACCCAAAGUUACUAUGACUAGACUUCAUGCUCUUUUAAUAACAAGAGUAACAACAAGAUGUCAACAAGUAACAACAAGAUGUCUUUUGUUCAUCUUUAGCCAAAGGGAGCCAAAUUAUCCCCAAGGGACCCUCAAUGGAUAGGGGCCUGGUGGCUAGGGUACGUCUUGUCUGCUGGUCUGAUGAUAUUAUUUGCAAUUUUGAUCCUUGGCUUUCCCCGCGAGUUACCCGGCUCAAAAGAGAAGCGUGAUCAAGCCAUCAAAGAGGGGCACUUGCCAAAAACAGAUCUCAAGUUGAGACGAAAAUUGAAAGAUAUCUUACCAGCUACCUUGCAACUGAUCACAAAUCCAACGUACCUGUUUAACACCCUUGCCCUCACUGCAAGUUCACUCUUUGGGGGUGGAGUAGGUCCCUUCAUUGCUAAGUUUGCUGAGACAAACUUUGGUGUCCACCCCGCCGUUGCUGGACUGACGCUUGGAACAGUCUUUAUGGUUGGAGCUGCAGGUACGUGCAAAUUCAGAUGAAUACACUGUGGAAUCUCUAUUCAGGGCACACCCUAGCUCAGGACCAAGGCAGGUGUUCCCUGGAUACUUGUUAGAGGUGUCACCUGAAUUGAAGUUGGGUUGGGGAUUGUUAAUAAAUAAUCAACAAAUAAAGUAUAUAUUUUUUUAUUCUGCCUCGGAAUCUGCUGCAGUCAUCAUUUCAAGCAGCUAGGUAAUGUACGACAACUCAUGAAUAUCUUAUCUCUGCGAUAUUGUGUGUCGAAUUCCCACAAGUGUAGUUCAACGAUUUAAGUAAAAUACUUCAAGUUGUGAAAGCUUUUCCUUUCACUGGUUAACUAGCGUCUUAAACAGGGUAUCUACUUGCACCAGAAGCGUUUAAAAGAGUGUGAAGGCUUGUGAUGAACGGUCUACAUUUGAGGUACCAACAAUUUUUUUCCAAAAGAAUCUAAUCCAUGAUAUUAGUUUGAAAAGUUAUUUAAUCCUGAAAGCAAAAUGAAAAAAAAACAGGGUCAUAAAAUAAGGUCCCUCGUCUUAAAAAGGGUAGCGCGAUAAGCAGUUUUUGUCUUAGGCCUGGUUCAGACGCUGUUCUUAACUUUUCAUGUGCCGAACCUAGCUGAAGAAGUUCGACUCUGGAGCGACACUGGCGCGACAUCUGAUUCAGACGGCGCACCGUGUGUCGAGCCUAAGUUAAUUUCGACAAAAGCUGUUCGACAGACUCUGUCGAACCUUUGCCGCACUUAACUAAAACUGCCGUAUUAAAUCGAUUCAGACACCGCUCUUUUGCCGAUCAUUUAAUCGAUCAUUUACGGUAAUUCAUCAUCAGUUAGGUUCGGCACAUGAGUGGAGCGACGUCUGAACCGGGCCUUACACCGGCAGGGUCAGGGCUUGCGGGCCUCAGCGGAACACCUCUACCUAAACUUUGAUUUAGUGUCCCCCGGGUGUCAUAUUUAGUCAACUCUCGCCUUGAGGACACCCCACUACAGUCAACUCCCUUUAUAGCGGACACUGUAGAAACCUCGAGUUAGUGUCUUCAUUAGCGAGAGUCCGCAAUUUAUUUUUGCCUGGGAUUUUACUGCUGUCCAUAUUAUAGGGGUGUCCGUUAUAAUUGGGUGUACGCAAGGCGAAAGGUGACUGUAUAACGGACAGCCCGAUAAUACGGACAGCAUCAAAAUCCCAGGCAAAAAUUAAUUGCAGACGUUUGACUGAAAUAGACUCCCGCUAAUGAGGACACCAACUCGAGGUCCCUACACUAUCCGCUAUAAAGUGAGUUGACUGUACAACUUUUCGAUUUAUUAGUAACAAUCCGUGCUUUUCGCUUUCCUGUAGGUGGUAUAGUUUUAGGUGGUUUUUUGGUCAGGAGAUUCAGUUUAAAGAAAUCUUGCAGACUCUCUGCCAAGUGUUGCCUGAUUAUCCAGCUGCUUUCAGUUUGGACAUCGAUUGCUUUCCUCAUUCCCGGAUGCGAUGACAUAAAUUUAGCUGGAGUAGUAAAACCUUUUUACAAUAGGUAUGAACUGUUUUAAACUAAGUUGGAUUGUUUUUAUUUAAUAGACUAUCAGAGAAAAUAAAAUGUAAGGGAUAUUCUGGCUGUUUUCAAUUUUUUAUUCCUUUUAUUAGGGACAAAGAAUAAUGAAGGGAAAGAAAUACGGUAGAUAAUGAUAAUAAUAAUAAUGAUGAUGAUGAUAAUCAUGAUGACAUGAUGUUGACGAUGAUGAUUAUUAUUAUUGUCCCAUUAUGGCUCUUGGUUAUUGUUAUAACUAUGAAUUCCUCAGCUUCUUGAAAACGUUUCAUGCUUCUAUACCAACGUUAGCCUCCCCGCAGACGUCCGUUGGGGUUCGUUUGUCACGCAUUAGAAAUGAAUGCGUGAGAAACGAACCCCAACGGACGUCUGCGGGGAGGCUAUAGCAACGUGUAAUAUAUACAAUCGAGACUCUAAAGCUACAGAGUGACCAUGUGUCCUCUUUCACGAGGGUGGCCACUCAAUAAACUUUUGACUGUUUCACUUCCAUGGCAGCUCUUUAAUGGAAACGCGCAGCCCACUGGCUCCAUGCAAUAUGAAUUGCAGUUGUUCGUUGGCCAGCAUGAAUCCCGUUUGUGGACAGGACAAGCUGACGUACUUUUCGCCUUGUCAUGCAGGAUGCCAGCAAACAACAAGAACACAGGUAAGCAAGGUAUAUUGUUUGUAAAAAAAAAUAACAAAAUAAAACAUACAUAAAGGUAAUAUUAAGGCAAGGUUUCCCUGUAAUGACUAUGAUGGUUAAUAAAUUAUUUAAGCAAUAGAAAACGUUUUCCGUGUUUGCAUAGCCUGAUAUAAACACGAGAGGGGUUGGGAGAAUUCGAGACAGUUAUGCAAACCCGAGACGAAGUCGAGGGUUUGCAUAACCGUCGAGAAUUCUUCCAACGCCUCGAGUGUUUAUAUCAGGCUAUGCAAACACAGGAAAAAAGUUUUCUAUUGCUUUUAUAAAAUAACUUUCCCCAGAAAAAAAAAGCAAAACUCUUUGUAUGGCUCUGAUUAAAAGAGAAAUUCUUACCAGGCGCAAAAUCUUGUCCACGAAGUCUUGCACGCGUAAUCAGUUCUUGUUUUGCAAAAAGAUGCUUUGUAAAAUAUGGAUUUUUCUCGCUUAAAAUGUCAGCUUAAGCAAAGAAAAAUUGACUCGCCUUCUUUGUAACGAUUUUCCAUGUUUCAGCCGACGAAGGAAUGGGUAAAUAAAAUAGACUUGUCGAGUUUUGAACUCGAAAACUUUUUCAAAUUCGUGCUUGCGUGAUUAGCGCGCGAAAAGCCAAACAACUUGACGCCACAACCAUGUUUACAUACUCUCAUGCAAACACUCCUCUCGGCUAAUCAGAGCGCGCGUACUAUCUUAGUUAUUUUAUAAAAUUUAUUACAUGGCCGUUUUGGCGUUAUUCUUCAAAUGAAUACAAUAGAAACUCUCCCUCGCUGUGGCUCUCUUCGUCCCUCAUAGUAAAGAAGUAUCGAUAUGCUAAUAUUUUUCUUUCAGUUAUAUUUUGUCUCGAUAUUUUUUGUUGCUUUCGCCCUCGCGCUCGUAGCUUUUACUCAAAACUCAUUCGAGCCACAGACCCGAGAAAAAUUUUCAUAAUGCCCGGUCAUUUCAAGAGUGCGCGUACUAUUGCCGCCAUAUAAUAAAUUAUAGUUCCAGGACUUCCAUGUGUUACUAGUCCUUGGCGUAAGGACACUUCAAGCGCUAGUGUGUUCAUUCUCUUUUUAAAAGUUGUAGGUCUCCGUGUUUUAUUAGUGUGAUAUUUUUUGUAGUGAUUUUUUUUUUCUUUAUUUCUUUUUGUGCUCACUGGCUGAUAGCCAGUUGAGCACAAUGUCAGAACCCCUGUUAGUCCGUCCGUCCGUCCGUAAGAUCAUUUCUAUUGUUCUGUAGCGCACGCCGUUAACGCAAAAAUUUAGGACCAGAAAGUGCCUGGCUUGAUACCUGCUAUCGCUUUUUUUUCAACAAUUUAAUAGAUUGUUGUUGUUGUUGUUGUUCUUCUUCUUCUUCUUCUUCUUCUUCUUCUUAAGCCCAACCAUUUAAUGUAUAUUUUCUCAUUUGUUAACUCUGUACAUUUCCGAUAUAAAAAUCGGAAUAUGCUAAUAUAUACUAUAGAAUUGGUGGAUUGCCUAAGCCAGUCUGAGACUAAUUUUUUUUGCAAUUUCCAUCCAUUCGUAAUUGCUUAAUGUGUUGUUUGAGUUUUAGUAGCGUAAUGAAUGUUUUUUCAACCGUUGGUGGUAUAAAAUAAGGCUGUGGGAAAAUGAAACACGCGAAACUGUCAUUUUUAAAAUGUCAAUAAACAUUCAAUUGAAAUGUCACAAAUUGACAUAAAUUCAAACCACUAGCAUUUUUGAAAUUUCAUCUUAUGGUAACUCAGUUAAUUUAUCAUUUCAAAAUUAAUUAGACUGAAAGAAAUGAAUUUGUAAGAAGUUAGUAAGUUUAAAGACCUUUAAACAGUCCAGAUCAGCUUUCGAUACUCGGUGCCGUCUUUUCUUUUCAAGGACUUUGCUAACUUCAUAUGCGUUUUUUUUCGCUUAAAAUGAAUAUUCUUCAGAGACUUACUGACAAUCAGGCCUUUGCAGCACCCUCCCCCGCUGGCGAUUGACCUGAAGGCCUGUCAGCACAUACAACAACGGAAAGUUAGCUCACGGCCUGAGCUUAACGAUGACACCGACCAAGAUGGCAAGCCCCUUGUUAAAAAUUCGGUAGUGCGAAUAUUCUGUGGCAUUUUCCAGCAUGUUUUCAAAACUGAUUCGGCUAGAAAUAGAUAAAUACAUGAAUAAAUGAGGAAUACUGAAAUAAAUGUUUCCUGAAACUGUUACCCUAUUUAAGAUCAAAAUUGUGAAUUUCCUACUUUAUUACCCUGCGCUUGAACCGCUGUUCUGAAGAACCGAAUGAUAACAAUUCCAGACCCCGGUAUAAAAAAAAUACCGUGGGGAUGGUAGAGGAAUAACCAUCAAAAACAUCGAAAGGUGCUUUCAUUCUUGAUUUUAGGCAUUCAACUGUAGCUGCGUUGAUCUUGGGGGAAACAACACUCAAACCAGUUCAGCAAAGAAAGGUUACUGCGACCGUGGAUCUGGAUGCAAGAAUUACAAAUACUUCCUUAUGAUCAAUGUUUUGCUGCUUUCGGCGGUUUUCUUGGUAGCGAUACCAAACAAAACAGUGGUUCUACGGUAAGAAAGUAUAGCAUUACUAACGCUUAUUCCGUCUCAGCUUGCAGCACUUCCACUAGCCCACCCUAUGUUCGGUAGGUCGUAGGUUCAUAUACAGUUGGGGGCUCCAAUUUUCUUCUUUUCCCACACUCGUAAAGUGUUGAUUAUAAGAUCUUUUAACUUUUGUGAAUUGAACCCUAGCCUGCGACCAGGGACCAGGCCUCGCUAUAUGAGGAAAAAAUAGCAAAAACGGAGUGAAAUAGCAUAAAAAAAAUCAGCGAGCCGAAGGAGCCGAGCGGUGGACUGGGAAGGGGUAGCCACCCUUUCUUAGCAAAGCAAGCCGAGCUGUAGUCUGGGGACUAACCGAUUUUUUUCGCGCCAGUUUCUUCAACUACCUAGCCUGAUCCUAGGCCAAUCAAACCCUAACUUAAGGGAGUCCCGUACCUCGUGAUGCUUAAAUAAGCGCACCAUUUAGCUGUAGAAGCUGGCUCCAACGGGACACGUUCCUGAUGCCCUGCGAGUAGUGGUUUCUACAGGCCGGACGCUAAGCGUAGCGUCCAGCCACUGCUCGCAGAGUACGUGGCUGAUAUCUACACGUACGUACAUAUUCAGUCGUUAAUAUUCCAUAAUCUAACUCAGUCCAUAUUUGCCUAUACCUUAUUUUAUUUCAUCAGGUGCGUACCAGACAAUCACAGGUCUUACUCUCUCGGAUUUCAAUUCAUCUUCCAGCGGUCGCUCGGGUUCGUACCAGGGCCCAUCAUUUUUGGAUGGAUGUUUGAUUCGGGGUGUCUAUUUUGGGGGGAAAGUUGCAACAGACGAGGCCGAUGCCAAAUAUACAACAUGUGGAAUAUUGCAACGAAAAUUACCAUCUUUGGAUUUGUAAUGAAAGGUAAAUAUCUAGAGCGAAGGAUAGACAUUAAGGUUUCAGAUGAGUCCGCUUUCUGAUGAAAUCAGCAAUCCGCAAAAUAUUACAAUACUCCGUUCUUUCAGGGUUGUUUCUAUUAUGACAAAACACUUACUAGUGUGGUUGGAAGAUUACCUUAGUUUAUAAAUGAUAAUUAGUAACAAGUCACCCUUCUGAAGGUUUUUCGUUUUACUUCAUUAUGCAUAACCAAACCUCGAACCUCGAAAUUGACUUUAAAACACUACAAAUUGCCAGAAAGACGAUCCCAGCCUUUUGUUUUGUCCCACUAGCAACGACGACGGUGACAGCAAUGAGAACAGCGAAAAAACCAAUAGGUUUAAUAACCAAAACAACAACUUUACACGUGCAACACACUUUGCACAUUUCUUUGCCGUCGCUGCACGACUAGAAAAUGCCUAAUUUCACGUUUUGUCGAAGAUGUAACACAAGACAACGACUUUCUUUUUCGUUUCCUGAACCCUGAUACAGUCUUUUAGAAUUCAAGUCAAGAAAGACGAAUUGAACGAGAUGGAAUAAGCGUGAUAAAGUUAAGUAACGCUUUUGCAGCCGUCGCGGUCGUGGUUUCUUAUAUAAUAAGCUUGCUAAUGUCCACAGCCUCAAAAGUUAGCACUGCAUACUAAAUAGUUGAUACAACUGACGUGAAAGUACUGCUGAAGAUGUUUCAUUUGACUGCAUGGUCACACUGGCAUAGGAUUUCAUCCACAGACUCAAAAGUUAGAACUAUACAUACUAAAUUAAUAUAUAAUACCAUGUGAACGUACUGCUACAGAGUUUUUUAUUUGAAUCACAGACCAGAGGAUUUCAUCCACAAACUCAAAGGCUUCAACCACUUAACGAGACUUCAUCAUUCUUUCAAGGAGGCUUGGAGGAUGUUAUCCACCGAGGCCGAACUCGAUCUGCAUAAUUCUUCAUAUCAUACGGGGGCACCCAACGACAGUUUUUGGAAAAUGUCUGUUCGGAAGACGAUUUGAGAUCUAGAAUUUUCGGAACAUUUGUUGUAAAUUAAAAUUUCUUGCUUGCCUGCCUCUCCUAGGAUUUUCGAACAUCUAAACAAUGGUAUAACUGCCCAUUUUCAACGGAUUUUUACCCUGAAAAGGUCACCUAGAAAUUUCGGGAGCCUCUUUUCUGGCUGAAAUUUUCGAAAAGGUAAGUUUUGAUCCUUGUAAUUUUCGUAUUACUAGACUUUCAGCUAGGAAAUCCGAACAGAUGAGAAAUUUUUAGGGGAUAAAAAUAUGCCUAUAUCUACCGUUUAAAUACUAAAAUACGUUCAACAAUGCUAUGUUUAAGUGGUUUUGAACUAUAUUCUCGUUGGGUGCCCCUGAUCAGCCUUGUUCAAUAUAAUUGUUAAAUCUUGGUGUAUACUGUGUCAAGGUCUCUUAAUAACUUUAUUUCCUUUAUUUUACUUUCAGGUAUCUCUAUACUUCUUUACUUCCUCUCUUUCUGGUUUUGCAAACCAAGUUACGACAAUGAAAGUCAUCACAGCAGCAAAGAAACUGGUCAUGAAAAUAUGACUGACAAUUCAAUGAACGGUGAUGCAUUGGGUAGCACAGAAAGUGCUUUAUAAAGUGUCUCGGCGAAUUGUGGGGAAUAUUAGCUGGAUAGACCAUCUAGUGAUCGGAGGAAGGACCACUGACCGACAGCCGACGCACUUGAUCUGAAUGUUGAGAUAAUGAAAGCGUCAAAGUCAAGAUAAACGUUAUAAAAAGCACUCAAGGUAGAGCAACAAUAAGCCUAUUUGAUUGGAAAUAAUCAAGGAUUUCAUCAGAUGUCAAAAUUUAAAACCUAUACCUUGCAUUUUACAUAGACAGUAUUUUUCUCGCCACAAUUUCACGAUUUUCUUUACGUUAUUUGAUAAACUAUACUAGAACUCAUAGAUGAU